UUGUCAAAUUUCACAUCUCGUCGCCACUCUCUAUGGACUGUCAACCCCCACCCCCCUCCACGAAGUCGUCGUCGUCGCCCUUCCAGUUGCAUAUUCAGUUGCCCGACACGUACAACACCAUGCAAAUCAACAACAACCAUCCUCACCAUCGAUUGUACUAUGGCACGCCAGUGGGCACCCCCACAACGCCCGACAGCCAAGAGUUUUACUCUGGAGACGAGUCGCCCGUGUCCGCCGAGUUCCGCAAGGCGAGUGAGAUGGCGCCGUUUCUGCGCAACCUGCGCAACAUGCUGGAUCGGGAAAACCCUGAAGUGCUGCGGUGGAACAAGGAUGGCACGGCGUUCGAGAUCCACGACAUGGACGAGAUGAUGAACUCUGUGCUGCCCAAGUACUUCAAGCACAAAAAGUACACAAGCUUCCAGCGCCAACUCAACUACUUCAACUUCAAAAAGUGGACCAAAAGCCGCGCCAACGUGUGCACGUUCUCCAACGAACUGUUUACAAGACACGAACCGUAUCGCAGUUCGCUGAUCACCCGGAAAAAGUCUGUCAGCAGCGUGACCUCCAAGGACGCCACGUCAACCGACACGGGCGACGAGUACGACGACGACGCCCGGUACUCCGGUCGCCCCUCGUGCGAUUCCCCGUGCUCGUCCGUGUACUCUUGCGACUCGCCGGUGCUGCGGCCUUCCAACAACAACACGUUGCCACCGAAAGCAACGUUGGACUUGUCGCUGGAGUCGAUGAGUUUGCACAAGACGCGCAUGUCGUCAUAUGAAAACAAGCACUUGACGCGGGUGUUGGGGGGUCGAAAGGCCAUGCGCAAGUCGUCCGCGGCGGCGCCGACUUCGUUGGACCAGGCGACGUACCACCAUUCCCCACACCCACAACAUCAGCACCAGCCACACACUCAUGGCGGCGGCGUGGACGACAUGAACUGGUUUGGGGACAACGAAUUCAACAACUUUCGCGAUUCCACGGCCAGCAGCAUGACAUCAACCGCGUCGGGGGACUGGGACGACGCGACGGAAAUGAACUGGGUCGACCUGCUACCGUACAACGACCCUGCGUUUUACGAAAUGCAGCCGCAGUCGUCCAACAGUCUGAGUCCCCUCAGGGGCCCCUUUGGGGCAUCCAACACCGUCACAUUUUUCGCGGCCAUCUAGACGAGUUAGCGUUAGGAAUAGUGUGCGCAUUCGUGAGGGGGCCGCAGGGAUUAGUUUGUUAGGUUGGUGUUGUCAUGUGUGGACUAUGAUCGAUGGAAAAAAAAUUCGCGUAAGUUAAUCAAUUUUGAACAUAUAUGACGUUCCGCGACAGCUACUGCAA